AUGUUUAUUAUCGUCCGCAAAGAUCUUUCCAAGACGCUAAACUGGAACAUCGGCAGUGUCAUGGCUCAAGCAUGUCACGUAUCGACGGCAGUACUUCACACGACACGGGACCAUGCCAACACUAUUGCUUACUUGAAUGAUACCAAGAAUAUGCACAAGGUGGUUUUGGAGACCAAGAAUGCAGGAUCAUUAGAGAAGCUGGAGGAGGCACUUGCAGGACAUGAAAUACCAACCUACAAGUGGAUCGAGCAACCAGAAAACAUCCCAACAGCAUUGGCAACUAUGCCUAUUGGUGAACGAUCCCCCGAGGUCAAGGCUAUCUUUAAAAAGUAUUGUUCGCUGUAUCGAUGA